ACACCUUUUCACCACCCAAUAUGUGGGCCGCGCUCGUGACAGUUCGGCACGGGUCGGAUGCGUUCGUGCGUCUCGACGUCGAGUCGGACAGAAUCGAUAGCGUGGAAAUCGGAACCUGCUUCAGUUGUCAUUCAGUGCGUUCGAGUGCGUUCUCGCGGUGUUGUGUUGCCAUUCUCUCCCGCGCGAAAAACGCGUCAUGAGCGCGCGUACGUGAGUGCCAUUCGCGUAGGGGCUCACCGAUCGAUUAGCAAUCCCUCCGUGUUUACUGCAACAUCGAUGAAUAAGAUGCGCCUUGAAAAUGCUGCACGAGGGAGAUGAAGUCCCAUACGAGAUCGUUCUCGAUUCGAAGGGGGAUGAAAUUCAAAAGCUUAGUGUUAUACAAAGUCUACCAAGUCUUUUAGCUACUGAUACGCAAUCAUGUAUGUCUCGAGUGGUACCUAAGAUGCAGCAGUCUUUGGCUACUGCAUCAACCGAAUUUCACAUAGCAGCAUCAUCCACAUUCAAAACAAUUUUAGAGCAGAAGCUUGUCAGCCAUAAUGUUUUCAGUCAAACAUUCCUUCAAAGUAUAUUAAAUUCUCUGGAAAGUCGUGACCCAGUUGUCUGUCACGCAUGGUUGGAGACCUUACUGGAUGUGAUAGAGUUACUGCCGGUAGAAAUCAUAAGAGCACAGAUUCUUCCAUUGACUAUAAGUAAAGGACAACUGUCACAACCUAUCUACUCCAGGAUAACAUGCAGCAGAUUAUUAGGGAAAAUUUGCACACGAUUUGAUUCUACUAUGAUACAGAAAGAAGUUCUACCAACAGUGCACUCCCUUUGUCAGGAUGUUAGUAGUGAAGUACGAGCUAGUAUUUGCUUGCAGCUACGUUUCGUCGCGGAGAGCCUCGGUGCUGAGUCUGUAAAACCCGCUUUACUACCAUCUCUUGUAGAAUUAGCAAGCGAUGAAGAAAGCAAUGUAAGAUAUGCCUCUGUACAGACAAUAGUGUAUUUACUACCUCAACUUCAGGAAGAUACAAUAAAAACUAUAAUAGCACCACUUGUUAAAAAGCUAUGUGAAAGUGCAAGUAAAUCGGAAGAUAAUGUGAUAUGUAUGAUAGCUCAGGAGUUCGGAAAACUUGUACUUGGCCUAGAAAAGUGCUUGUCAAUAUCAGAGAAGACAUGGUUCUUGAAAUACUAUCAGCAACUUGCACAAAUGGGAAUACCAUCAUCAAAGAAAGAGAAGUCACACUUUACAUUUAUGAGCAGUAAUCCUAUGGAAGAUGAGAGAUAUGUGGAAUGUAGAAGACACUGUGCAUUUAAUUUGCCUGCGAUGUUUAUCUUUGUAUCGAAUUCAUCAGAAGACGUAGAUUCAUUACUUUCGACGUUUAAUUUAUUAACAAAUGAUCAUUACUAUAUGGUUCGUAGGACCGUUGCCUGUGGACUUCACGAAGUGGUGAAAAUUUUAGGGCCGAAAAGUGCACGGUUAAAAGGGAAUUUAAUAAAAUUAUUGAAAGAUUCUGAAGAAGUACUUCAAGGUUUAAUUCCUCACAUAGGAUUAACGCUGGAAUACUUAGUCGAAAGUCAAACUAUUGGAACAGAUAAAAUGGAUUCUACUCUUUUGGAAAUAGGUAAAGCUUUAUUAAAAUGUGAGGCUGAAGUUUCGGGUACGCACAACUGGAGACUGGCAUCUUUAAUGCAUGCGCAACUCGAGAUUUUACCCAAAUGUUUUCCCAGUGAUUUUAUAUACUCAUAUUUUGUGCCAAUGGCUUUCUCCAGAAUUUUACACGCGAGACCUAUACCGGUACGUCUUGCUGCGGGAGUACUGUUUCUUUUUCUUCUACGAUACAAUACAAAGCCAAUACAGAGAGCUGAACUGCGUAGUAGAAUCUUCACAGAUUUAGCCAAUAAUCCUGAUUGCUAUGUGAGAAUGAUGUUUGUUCGCAUGAUGGUCGAAGCACUGGAAAUAUUUUCCUCCUCUUAUUUUAAGGAACAUUUUUUCAAUGUUUUAUUAACUCUGGCUGAGGAUCCAGUAGCUAACAUAAGAAUGAAAGUGGUAUCUUUCCUUCCACAACUAAAAAAUCAGUUGUGGAUACCAACUGAUAAGAAAUUGCUGACGUCGUUAGAAUCGGUUGUCAGGCACUUGAAUAACAAUGAAAAAGAUAGAGAUGUGUUAUUUAUCUUAAAAAACGUCACGCAGAAACUAGAGGAAAUGGAUGUCAAAUAUGAAGGCCAAACUUUCACAACAAAACUUACUAAACAAGAUUUAGAAGAUGCUAAAAGAUUGGAAGAAGAAAAGAAAUUGUCAGGCAUUGGUACAGGGAAACCAACAACUGGAACAAUAGUUAAAAAAGGUGGCUGGAUAAAAACUGGUACUGAAAGUGUAACAAGAGGAAUAUCGCAAUCCAAAGGUGAGCAUUCAACAGAGAUUAAUGAGGCAUCAUGUGAAAUAAAAUUAUCAAUGAAAUAUGGAGCAACAUCUUCGCGACAGACAGUCGACAGUUUGAAAACAAGAACUCAACUAACACAUUCUUGGGAAAGAGUAGCACAUUUCAACUCAAAUACUAAUACAUCGUAUCUUAAAUUUGAGAAUGGAGAAUCGUCUAAUGAUUACAUCACGCAAAAACCACAAUGUAGCUGCUCUAAGUUGGCAGUAUUCCAAGCCCUCCUGACAAUGCCGGAUGCAUGCGAGCAAGAAUACAAAAGUGACGCUUCCCAAUGCCGAUGUUAUCAUGAUAUCGAUGACAUCGACGAUCAAACAAAGCUUUGGAAACAGUCAAUGCAAGCGAACGAAUCUAACUCUCCCGCCAUCGCCAAAUCUGUCCUCCUUUCACUCAUGAGAGAAAAUAAACAAGAGCUGCAACAAAAUUUCUCAUUAACACGGGAUUAUUCGCAUGAAUUUCCUUCUAAUAUUAGUGGCAAAGACAGGGCGCCGAACUUUGCCGCUCUGCGAGCACUAACUAACGCAGCGCAUUACAAUUCUUGUUGGGCUUUCAGCUCCAUGCCGGAGAUACCUAUGAUGCAGUCCGACGACGAAUUCUUGGUGGACACUGGUAUCAGGAUACCCGCACAAUUCUCCUCAUCUCAAAGCACAUCCAAGAUACCGCAUUUGCAAGAUUUUAUCUCUGGACGGAGACGAUCGAACAUCAUGAUUCGGCAACGGAGCGGUGUGAACUUUGACAAAGGCAAGUUCAAAAGACACUCGUCUGUCGAGUAUGAAGACUGCAUGAAGCGCAGAACGAGUGAAAGUGAUCCGUUGAGGAACACACCGACGUCAAUAGAUUACGAGGAUGGUCUGCAGCGUAAUAUAGCGAAGGAAAAUCUGAGUGAUCAGCAAUUGUCGAAAAUCGACGCGAGAACCAAAAGAUAUUCCGCCCCGCACGGAAGAACAAGAUUCGGUUUCGACGCUAAUCAAGAGAGGUCCAUCGACGAGAAGUUGAAACGCAGUUCUCUGAUACUCGAGAAGGACAAAUUGAAGAUCACCAAUUCCAAGUGCACGUUGGAUCGAACCAAGCGUCAUUCCACGAAUUUCACGAAUCUGAAGCUUCCCGAUUCUAAAGAGAUGAAGCAGAGCGUGAAGCGCCACAGUCUGGAAGAUUACACGACAGCUCGACGGACCAUAAGAGGGUAUUUCUCAACGCUGGAUGUGAACCACAAUCAAGGCCUUAGCAAGAUUCCCUUGAGAAAUGUUGGACCUCGUAGCAGAACCGCACCCACCACCCGAGCAUCCAGUCCCGUUCACAUGGAGUCGCGAUUAAGGUUUGAUAUUGAGAACUGUGAUGACUCUCAGAGUUCUUCUAGCGAAAGGCAUUUAUAUAGAUUUAGCUCGAGCGACGAGGAGGUUGACAAAUUGUGUAAGAUGCUGUUACAUUCUCAAGCGACACAGAGUAGCACGACGGAAACAUCAAGAAGUAGAGAGAGAUUUCCUAUUCGCUUGUUGGUGAAAAAAAUUUGAAAUGAAUAACUCUCUCAUAUGUCUUUCACAUACACAAACAAUUUCUAUACUUCUUUGCAACUACAUUUAACGAUCAUAUUGUUGUAAUAAUUUUUAUACAUUUUUUGGAUUUCGUUACGGAAAACGGUGAAUUGAUACGGAAUAUUGCAGUUAGCUUCUUAGGAAUUUUUUUGCGAAAUUCAUCACAAUCAAAUAGAAAAUUUGUUCGGGAAAAAUUGGACUUUACGUAAUUCUUUCUGUUCAGCAUUGACAAACAUUAUACGAUGUCUAGGUGUCAAAGACGAGCGUAUAGUGCCCUCAUAAUGCAUAUAUCCAUAUUACAAGCCGACGUCAAAUAUGCUAGAUAAAUAGAAUAUUUUUUUUAUUUUU